AUGCCAACAGAUCACGAAGAGCCAUGUGGUUCCAAUCAUGGGUCCUUCUGCUGGAAUGGGGGAAUUUGCUAUGUGAUACCCACUAUUCCCAGCCCAUUUUGUAGAUGCAUUGAAUAUACAGGAGCACGGUGUGAAGAGGUCUUCCUCCUGAGCACUAGCGUCCAGACUAAAAGUGACCUGUCCGCAAUUUUUGUGGCCCUGACCUUCCUCAUCGGGACACUCAUCAUCGGAGCCCUCUACUUCCUCUGCAGGAAAUGCCCCUUUCAGAGGACCAGUUCCAUCCAUUAUGAUAUGAACCUGACAGAGAUGAGCAGCAUUGGUGCCCAUCAUGGCGAGUGA